AUGUACAUUGGCAGCACAGGACCACGUGGGUUGCAUCAUCUGGUUGUUGAAAUAUUGGAUAAUGCUGUGGAUGAAGCUCAAGCAGGCUAUGCUACUGAGAUUAAUGUAGUCCUUCAUGAUGACAAUUCAGUUAGUGUAACUGACAAUGGCCGUGGGAUCCCUACAGAUAUACACCCGCAGACGAAGAAAUCAUGCGUGGAGACUGUCUUAACGCUAAUGCAUGCUGGUGGCAAAUUUGGAGGCUCAACGAGUAGCUACAGCGUUGCUGGAGGGCUGCAUGGUGUUGGCCUAUCAGUUGUUAAUGCGUUGUCAGAGGCACUAGAAGUUACAGUUUGCCGUGAUGGGAAGGAAUAUCGACAACGCUAUUCUCGUGGAAAACCACUUACAACGCUAAGUAGUACCACACUGCCUGAUGAAUCAAGUCGUCAAGGUUCAUGUAUCAGAUUUUGGCCUGACAAAGAAAGUAUGCAUCUAUUUUUCCGGAAAAGUUUUCUGAUCUAA